AUGAAGCCCUCUAGGGGAUUUUGGGUGUCAGCAGAGCCGGUGCAAAAGCGUGGACCUGGACGUCCACGCAAAUAUCCCAAAGUGCUGGCCUCUGGACACCCACAGGAACAUCCCGUAGCUGAAGAAGUGCUGCUGCAUCCCGUAGCUGGAGAAGAGCUGCAGAAGCCCAAAGCUGAAGCAGUGCUGAAGAGGCCGCGUGGACGUCCGCCAAAGGUGCGCGACGCCGAAGCUAGUGUAGUACAGAUGUCAGCCAGCACUGCUAUGGUAGUUUCACCUCUGGGACAACACAAAGUAAAGGAGACCGAGGAACAUCCCGUAGCUGAAGAAGUGCUGCUGCAUCCCGUAGCUGGAGAAGAGCUGCAGAAGCGUCCACGUGGACGUCCGCCGAAGCCCAAAGCUGAAGCAGUGCUGAAGAGGCCGCGUGGACGUCCGCCAAAGGUGCGCGACGCCGAAGCUAGUGUAGUACAGAUGUCAGCCAGCACUGCUAUGGUAGUUUCACCUCUGGGACAACACAAAGUAAAGGAGACCGAGGUAAUUAUCAAUACUACGCAUCAGCUCAUCGUUUGUUGUUUUAAUAACUAG